UACAAGCACAUUCAUUCUCCACACAAAACCAAUCAACAAUGGCGAUCGAAAUUGUAGUGCUCGCGUACGCCACAGGCGCAGAAGCGAUCAUGGUCCUCCUCCUGACCAUACCGGGCCUGGGCCCACUCCGAACGGGCCUCAUUUCCGUCAUCCGUAACCUUCUCAAACCAUUUCUAUCCAUUGUCCCAUUUUCCCUAUUUCUGUUCAUGGAUAUCUACUGGAAAUAUGAAAACCGGCUCGAUUGUGAAUCGAGUAAUACGUGUACCCCCAACGAUCAUUUGCGACAACAAAAAGCGCUCAUGAAAAGCCAACGUAACAUGUUGUUGAUUAUUACCGCUUUGGUGUUUUAUUGGAUGUUGUUUUCUGUGACUCGGAUGGUUAUUACGAUCGAGCAGUUGAAUGCGCGGAUUGAGAAGUUGAAGAACAGAGAUUAAUCUGAAGGUGGUUUCUGAUUUUUAUGAAUUUGAUGUUGAUUGUUACCAUUGCAGGUAGGUUUUGAACAGGAUUUAUAUUUGUGGUAUAAUGUUAUGAAUAAAUUGUAGUUUAAAAUGUA